CGCCCGCCGGCUCCGGGACCGCAGCCACGUCUGAAAGCGCCUCAUUGUGUGCGCUCUUCUGCGGCCGGCGGCGCGGAGCGGCUGCACGGGCAGCGCAGGGCUCCGGCGCGGGGGGCGGCGCCCGUCCCGGGGUCGGGGGGUCUCCGGAGCAGUGGUGCCCGAGUCUGUGUCUGGGCGUGGCCGCACGACUGCGCCCCCCACACUUCCAUCCCGUUCUUAAGACGCCUCUCCUUCUCCAGGACACUCCCGCCCUGUUUCCAGGUUCCCUCCGCCUUAGGUCUCCAGGUGCCUCCACUCUCUCGGUGUCUGCUGAUCCGCGCCCGUGCCUCUCCGAGCCUUCCCCCCGGUGUCACUGGGGGUCCCUUCCUAGCCUUGAGAGCCUACGGAGCACAUCAGCCCCUGCGGACUCGCCCAGGGAAGACACGGCCGGUUGCGGACUGGAACUUGGAAGAGGAGACGUCAGGGAGCCUCUGCGGAGCCUCGGGAGUGGGGCGUCCGCCUCCCGCGCGGCGCCAGCCCGGGCAGAGGCGCCAGCUUUGGGGCCCUGAAAAAUCUGCAGGCAUUGUCCAUGGAUUGUGAUUGAGGCGGGCAGCUCUCCCAGCAGCCCUGAGCUAUAUGGGUAAACUGAGUUACAGACAGAUGAAGCGUGUGGUCCGGGAUCACAGGCUAGAAAGUGGCUGAGCCUGGUGAGGGAGUCUAAUCACCUGUCAAGCUGUUGAGCUAAACCUAAAAUUGUCUCCCUAAAAGGAAUUCUGAAGCAAAAGGCCCCCAGCGAGAGGCAUGUGGCUGCCGCGUGUCUCCAGCACGGCGGUGACCGUGCUCCUGCUGGUGCAGACCUGCAUCCUGCUUUUCCUGGUCUCCUGGCCCAGGCCGCCGUCCCCAGCCGGCGGCAAAGAGCGGGUGCAUGUGCUGGUGCUGUCCUCGUGGCGCUCGGGCUCGUCCUUCGUGGGCCAGCUCUUCAGCCAGCACCCCGACGUCUUCUACCUGAUGGAGCCCGGGUGGCACGUGUGGACCACCCUGUCGCAGGGGAGCGCGCCGGCGCUGCACAUGGCCGUGCGCGACGUGGUGCGCUCCGUCUUCCUGUGCGACAUGGACGUGUUCGACGCCUACCUGCCGUGGCGCCGCAACCUGUCGGACCUCUUCCAGUACGCGGUGAGCCGCGCGCUGUGCUCGCCCCCCGCCUGCAGCGCCUUCCCGCGCGGCGCCAUCAGCAGCGAGGCGGUGUGCAAGCCGCUGUGCGCGCGGCAGCCCUUUAGCCUGGCCCAGGAGGCCUGCCGCACCUACAGCCACGUGGUGCUCAAGGAGGUGCGCUUCUUCAACCUGCAGGUGCUCUACCAGCUGCUCAACGACCCGGCGCUCAACCUGCGCAUCGUGCACCUCGUGCGCGACCCACGGGCCGUGCUGCGCUCACGUGAGCAGACCGCCAAGGCGCUGGCGCGCGACAACGGCAUCGUCCUGGGCACCAACGGCACAUGGGUGGAGGCCGACCCCGGCCUGCGCGUGGUGCGCGAGGUGUGCCGCAGCCACGUGCGCAUCGCCGAGGCCGCCACGCAGAAGCCGCCACCCUUCCUAAGAGGCCGCUACCGCCUGGUGCGUUUUGAGGACCUGGCGCGGGCGCCACUGCCCGAGAUCCGCGCGCUCUACGCCUUCGCGGGCCUGAGCCUCACGCCGCAGCUGCAGGCCUGGAUCCACAAUGUCACGCACGGGUCCGGGCCCGGAGCGCGCCGGGAGGCCUUCAAGACCUCGUCCAGGGACGCGGUCAAUGUCUCCCAGGCCUGGCGCCACGCGCUGCCCUUCGCCAAGAUCCGCCACGUGCAGGAGCUGUGUGCCGGCGCGCUGCAGCUGCUGGGCUACCGGCCCGUCUCCUCCGAGAGCGAGCAGCGCGACCUCACCCUGGACCUGGUGCUGCCGCGUCGCCCUAGCAGCUUCAGCUGGGCGUCCUCCCCGGAUGCACACCCCUAACCUUAACGCACGCCCCUAGUUGCGGCGCUGGGGAGGGAGCGGGGCACGCAGGGCGCACGCCGCUUAUUGGAGGGGCCAGGAACUUGGGAGUCCUCCUCUGUAGUAUGAACGGACUGGGUCCCCAGAGCUCCGUGUUUUUUCUUGCUUCUGAAUUUUCUUUUGAGUCUUCCUCAGCAGCUGGGUUCCCAUCGGGCGCACACUUCAUGGAAAACUGUGUCUGCCCCUUCCUCUGCAUGCAGGGAAUAAGCUCAGACUACUUGGCUGCUCCUCCAGCGCUUUCUUCCUAAGUUUCUUUUCCUAUUGGAUGCGUUAUCCAGCAACUGAGAAGGGGUUCCCAGCCCUGCCUGGGAGUAGGGAGAGGCACUGUGGUGAGCUGGCCCGCAUUCCCGACUUCGUUCCCCCAUGUCCCACCACCACAAUCAGAGCUGUUGGCCUUUAUAUUCACUCGGUACUUUCAGAAAGAAAUCAGACAAGAUGCUUCUUACCUUGUGGUCUCCCCAUAGCCUCUCUCUGCCCCAUCUCCUGGGAGCCCACAUGCCCCCAUUGCUUUCCCAAUUAACCUGGGGCGAACGUUUGAUUUGUCCUGACAGUAAUGAUCCUACCCACAGAAAUAGACAUCAUAAUUAAGCUUGUGAUGCGAGACUUCACAGUCUGUAAAGUUUGACAAGCAAAACGCAAAACUGAAAGGACUUGUCCAAGGUCACGUGAUGAGGAGGAGGAAGGGAGGAGGGGGUUUUGCUCUGAGGCUGCAUUUAGAAGGAGAGGGUCAAUCAGGCUUGCAGAGACCUGUCUCCGUCCUGAAGGAGGGUGAGAUUUUUCUAUCCGUUUGUGUAAUGGAAGAGCAAGCAGCCAUAGCUGGGGCCACAGCCGCAGGAUAUAGGGGGUGAUGGCAUAUCUGGGCCCAGAGUGCAGAACCUUAGAGAAGCUACCGGAUAAGCACCAAGGGAGGCAGUGAGGGGGAAAGGUAGAGGGAGAAAGGAAGAAGGGGUGGAGGGAAGCUCCCAGAACCUCUGGGAAGAACAGGGAUGCAGAACUGAGUGUGCACAAACUUUAGGGCAUGGAGUUGGUGCCGGGACUGAUAGUUUUCAGCACAUGUGUGCCAGUUACCUCUGGAAAGGAGUGGGCUAUUGCCAUCAAUUGCUAGCUUCUUUUUUUCAGCCCAAGAGGUUGCUAGCUUCUUUUUUUCAGCCCAAGAGUGUGGCCUUGGAUUGGUGGGACCUCAAUUGUGGAUCCCUAUUUUUGCUGUGGAGCAGGUGGUCAAUGGGGAGUCUGGUGUUUUCCACUUAUUUUCUUGCAGGGAGCAGAGAGAUACUGACGUUGAAGCUGAAGCCUCAGCACACCUCAGUUAAGGAUCUGUCAAGCUGUAAAAACUUUAGGCCUCAUAAAACCUCAAUCUGCCCUUCAUAUUAACAUGGGGAGGAUAUUUAAAACCCUGAAUGUAUUGGGGCACCUGAGUGGCUCAGUCGGUUAAGUGCCUGACUUUGGCUCAGGUCAUGAUCCCACGGUCCUAGGAUGGAGCCCUGCACUGGGCUCCCCGCUCAGCAGGGAGUCUGCUUUUCCCUCUCCCUCUGUCCCUCCCCCCGGCCCUGCUCAAGCUCUCUCUCAAGUAAAUAAAAACUAACUAAAUAAAUAAAUAAUUGAAAGCCCUGAAUUUAUCAUUGGGGACUCUGCAACUUAGAAAGGCUUAGGCCACAUAGCUUCAUAUAAGGGAUACACCUCAAACUCACAUCUCUGACUUCAGGGCUUACAAUUCUAACUGAACUGGGUUGCAGUAAAGGACCCCACUACAGGCUUGGAAAGCCAGAUCAUUUCCUCCAGUAAUGACGGGGUCUCUAGGUGUGAGGGAGCGAGCCAUCCCAGCAUUUGGCUGGCAUAUGGGCUGCACACAUCUCCAGGACUGGAUGUUGAAGGGUAUGGUAAGCAGUGGCCUGGGGCACUGGGGCUCCUGCUGUUGACCACUUUUUCCCUUCCUGUCCCUCCCUGUGCUGGCCACUGGGGAUAAAAGUAGCCUGCUAGUCUGCCCGGAAGGAGUGUAAUGUCAACUGGAGGAGUCAGCCUAGGAAGGUUCCUGGACAAUGUAAUAUGUUCAGGCGAAGAGGGAUAAGCAAGAAGUUCAUGGUGCCAAGAACAGAAAGACACAAUUCCUUUGUGGGGUCCAGGAAGGCUUUUGGGAUAGCUCAAAGCCCAGCCUGAUCAUGGCAUCAUACAAGUUUCAUUUACCUCUGCUCUGGUUACAGGCUGUGUUAACAGCAACAAUUAAUGAUCUUUGCUAUGUGAUUUAUCCAUUCUGGCUGCACACCCAGAGUCCCAGAAAGGGGAUGACUGGCUCCCAGAAUUCACUCCCUGUGUAUAGUGAACUCAGGGUAAGCCUCUGGGUGAGUUCCCUGACAUAUCUGGUUCUAAGCAAGCCUGGGGGUGAACCCAGAUCAAGUUUCAGGACAAGGACAGGCGGCACCCAACUCAGUGGUUCAAUGAGUCAGGCCAGUUCAGACCCUGGGGACAUACUGGGAGACCAAGGUGUCACAAACCUUGUUCUCGCGGGGAGUGCAGACCCAGAACAAAUAGUCCCACAGAUAAACAUGCAAACAUAGAUGUCAAUUGUGCUCUAAGAAGAAACAAUAAAAGUGGGGAGAGGAUGACCUACUUUAGUAUGGGGAGUAAGGAGGACCUCUUUGGAGAGGAAGCAUUGAUUUGAAUACAUGAAGGAUGGAUAGGAGCUCAUCAAACUCCUUGACAGGGGGAAGAAAAGGAGCCAGAGAAAGAGUGAGGGAUGGGUCCCCUUGGAAUCGGUUUCCUUGAAAAAAUUAAAAUUUAGGCUCAUGAGAUGAGAGAAGCCCCCAAGAGGUGGUCAAGUUUGUGUGUCUCUAGUAACGGAGAACUACUCGAUCAGAGAGCUUUCAUGUCUCUAAAGGUGAAACUGCCGAAUGACUCUAAAGGCGGAAUAGCAACUUAUAUCCUCCAGAAUGGGGUCAAGAUGCCCUUCCCAUCCCUCUCCUUCUCACCACCCCCACCCACCACCAUCACCUGUGCAGGGUAAAUCAGUCCUUUCAUUUUUACCUGCCCGAUAGAAUAUUCCGUGCUAAAAAAUAUGAGCUAUCAAGCCAUGAAAAGACGUGGAGGAAACUGAAACGCCUAUUACUAAGUGAGGGGAAAAAAAAGCCAAUGUGAAGAAGUCACAUCCUGUACAAUUCCAACUAUAUGACAUUCUGGAAAAGGUAAAACCAUGGAGACAGUAAAAAGAUUAGUGGUUGCCAGGGGACAAGGAGGGGAGGGAUGACUAGAUGGAGCGAGGGUUUGUGGGGCAAUGAAAAUACUCUCCAUGAGGGGCACCUGGGUGGCUCAGUGGGUGAAGGCCUCUGCCUUCAGCUCAGGUCAUGAUCUUGGGUCCUGGGAUCAGGUUCUGGGAUGGAGCCCAGCAUGGGGCUCUCAGCUUGGCAGGGAGC